AUGUUAUUGGAAUUGAAGCUAUUGUUAAUAAUUUACUUCUUGUUCAUAAUUAACCUAUCAAAAUAUAUCUUGCACUUAAUAAAAACUUAUAACUCUACAAGUUGUUUGUCAUUAGAUGAAUUACCAAUAUGUUAAUUUUUUAAUCAAGAUUAAUGUACACCUGAAUAACUUGGUUAUCAAGGAACAUUAUGUUUUUUUUCAAAUGAUACAUAAUAAUGCUAAACAGCUACAUCAUGUUCAUAAUUAUAAUCAUAAUCUUAAUGUACAUAAUGGAAAAAUACUUGUUAAUGGAAUUCUAUAAAUAAUGAAUGUGUACAAUUACAAUGUGACAACUUUACAAAUUAAUCAACUUGUACCAAUAUCAUCUUAGACCUAAAUCCAUAAACAAUAAUGCCAUGCUAAUAUGUAAACGGAACUUGUCAGUCAAUUGAAAGUGCAAAAUAAUUAACUUCUUAAGAUUGUUCAAAUAAGACUCUAUCAACAUAUUAUUGGAUUUAAGCAAAUAAUACUACUGGAACAUGCAUUCCAUGUAGUAUUACUAAUAAAUAUCAACCCAAUAAUAAAUGUUCAUGUUCUAGUUACCUUAUUCAACAAUGUCAAUCAUCAAGUUAUUGCUAAUGGUCAAAUGGUGAAUGUAAUCCAAUAGAAUGCAAUUAAAUACUUGAUUAACUAUCCUGUCUUUAAAAUUUAGGAUGUAGUUGGUAUAAUACUUAUUGUUCAACAUUCUACCGUUGUCCUGUAGCAUUUAGUCAUCAACAAUGUAUUGAAAGUUCAUUUAAUUGUUUGAUUUUAAAUAAUGAUAAUUGUUAAGUUUUGUCAGAUAACUCAUGUAGUAAUAUUUAUAACUUAUAGUAAUGCUAAUCUUCAUUAGGAUAUUGUUAUUGGAAUGGAAAUCAAUGCUUAUAGGUUUAAAAAUGUCAAAAAAUAACUCAAUAGCGUCAAUGUUAUAGAUUUGGAUAUGCCUGCACCUGGUAAAAUGGUAGAUGUCAAUAAUUAACUUGUAAUAAGAUUUCAUUCAAAAAUAAUUGUAUAUAUACAAUUCCAAUAUUGUAUACAAAUGAUGUUCAACCCUGUGUUUGGUAAAAUGGAUAAUGUUAAGACCUCAAUAGUGUAAAUAGUUUAGAUGCUGCAUAAUGUCAAUCAAUAUCCUUAGAUACUUACAAAUGGACAGGAUCAAAGUGUGUGAAAUGUAUCGAAUUCUAAUAGCAAAUUUAAAAUUUUCUAGAACUUCCAAAUUAAUGUAAAUGUUAUUAACUAUUUAUUUAAUAAUAAUGCUAAUAAAUGUCCUAUUGUUAUUGGUAAAGUGGUUAUUGGUCAGGUGGAUAUUGUUUACCUUAUUAAUGUUAAAAUAUUACUAAUUAAGCAUCUUGUGUAUCUAAUCCUAAUUGUUUUUGGGUUGAUCAUCAAUGUUUAACAUUCCAAUCUUGUAAUUUAUUAAAAGGAGCAUCUUAAUCGGAAUGCAUAGUUUAAAGCAUAAAUUGCCCAGCAAGUGAUGGAACCAAUUGUCAAGACAAAUAAUAUUUAUAAGCUUGCUAAUCCUAUCUAAAUUAGAAUUAAUGUUAAUAUGUCUUAGGUAGUGAUGGCAUCUGUUUUUGGCAAAGUAAUUUUUGCUAAGUAUUGAGUAAAUGCACAUAAAUAAAAAAUUAAGAAGAUUGCUAAUAAUUUAAAAAAUAAUGUUAUUGGGGUACUAGUUGUCAACCUGCAAGUUGCUCACAAUUCUAAACUUAUGAAACUUGUCAAUUUUAUUAUAGUUCAAUUAAUUCUUAUACUCCAGUCCCAUGUUAGUGGAAUUCAACAACAAGUGUAUGCACAUAACCAACUAAUUACAUGACCCAACUAAAUUCCAAUAAUUGUUAAACUAACACUAAUAAAGGUGCUAGGUGGAGUUAAACUUUGAAUGCUUGUUUGAGUUGUCAAACUCCUUAGCCCCCAAAUCCAAAACAGUGUAGCUGUUCUUAACUAAUAUCUUAAAUAAACUGUAUGCAAAGUCUGUAAUGUUUAUGGAAUAUUCAAACCAAUUCUUGUUAACAAUUACCAUGCUAAAAUUUAUAAUAAUCAUUAUGUAUUCAAAAUUCAUAAUGUAUGUGGACUGGAUCUUGUUAGUAAUUUACUUAAUGUAGUAAUCUAAAGGCUACUACUUCAGAAGAAUGUGCUGCUUAAUCUCUGUAUUGUCCUUACUACAAUCCUAAUACAUAAAAGUGUUAAGUAGCUUCAAAAGAAGAAAUUUAAGAUUGUUGGGGAUUAAGUUAAGAAAAUUGCAAUUUUCUUAUAACACCAUCAUAUUCUUGCAUUUGGAAUACUUAAGAAAAUUUAUGUUUGCUGUAAACUAAUAAUUAUUGUGAUUUGUAUUAUAGUCAAUAUUAAUGUUAAAGCAGUCCCUAUUGUUAUUAUUAAAAUGGAUGUAAACCAAAAUAAUGCUAACAUUUUUAUACUAAAGAAUCCUGCAAAUUUUCCAUUAAUCCAUAGAAUUGGAAUUAUAUCUAAUCAUGUUCAUGGCUCAACGGAGCUUGUGUGCCUGCCGAUAAUUUUUUUUCAGAAUAAACUUGUUUCACUAACACAGAUUAAACAGCUAGAUGGAGCUCUAACAUUAAAGACGGUUUUUGCAUUCCUUGUAAUCUACCACUUCAAUAAGUAAUUGUUCCAAAAAACAAAUGUUUGUGUUCUCAAUUUCUAUCUUUUUAAGAAUGUGAACUUGCUUAAUGUAAUUGGGAAGGAAAUUUUUGUGUUGAUAAAUAUUGUGGAGGUUUUAAUUAAAUUUAUUGUAUUCAACAUCCAUCGUGCUAUUGGAUAUAUUCAACUAAUAAUUCUUAAGGUGGUUAUUGUGAAAAUAUUGAUUAUAAAGAAUUAAUUUAUUCAAAAGACCCAUGUACAAAAUUACGUGGAAAUAAUUCCCUAGAAUGUCUAUCAUAAAGUUUACUUUGUCCUGUUUCUUUAAAUGGAUUUUGCCAAAAUCGAGCACUUUUAUAAACAUGUUAAAGUCUGAACUCUUUACAAUUGUGUGCUAACAGUCUUGGAUAAGAAGGAUAUUGUACUUAUGAGAAUUAAUAAUGUUAAGUUUUAACUAGUUGUUCUUAAUUGAAAAAUUUUAAUGAGUGUUCCAUAUUCAAUAUAUAUGUAUAGAUCAAUUAAAUUAUAAAAGCUGUUAAUUUGUUACAAGUUAAGGUAAGUGUGAAUAAUUAUAUUGUUCAUCUUAUACGAAUAGUGAUAAUUGUACAUAUGUAUUUGAGAAUAUUAACAAAGCUAAUAUUUAAAUUUGUGUUUGGAAUGAUGUUACAAAAACUUGUUCCACAGCUACUUGUUUAAUUUAAUAAACAUAUGAAAAUUGUUACUUAAAUACUGGAGGUACUUAUCAUUGGAGUAGCUCUUAAACAACAUAAGGCUCUUGUGUUUCAUGUUCAAUAAAUUGGAUAAAGCCUAAGAAUAUUUGUUCAUGUACACUAUUGAAUUAAGUUGAAUGUUCGUUAUCUAAACCUGUAUGCAAAUUAAACUAGAACAAUGAAUGUGUAAAAUCAUAAUGCAAUGAAAUUUUUGAUUCAGUACAUUGUUCUUAAUAAAAUGAAUGUAUGUGGAAUAAUAAUUAAUGUGUAACAUUUACAAAAUGCACGGAUUUAAAUGGAAAAACUAAUCUGGAUUGUGUUGCAUAAUCAUUAUAAUGUUAAUCAAUUUAAAAUGGAAUAUGCUAAUCAGUAUCAAGUUUAAAUUCAUGUGAAAAGUAUUCAGAGUCUUAAUGUACAUUAGGAAGAUAAGGAUCUGAAGGUUUUUGUUAUUUUAAUUCUUCAAAAGAUGUUUGUUAAGUGAUUUCAUCUUGUGAUUAGAUUAAUAAUUUACAAUAUUGUGAAAAUUUGAAUCCUGCAUGUAAAUGGAGUUACUUUUUCUCAUCAUGUGUUCCCUUUUAGUGUUAAGAUUAUCUUUAAGAAGAAGAAUGCAAAAAUGUUAUAGUCAAUCUUACAGAUCCUUAAAUUGAGUUAUGUGUUUGGUAGUAAUACAAAUGUGUGCCAUUUGUUGAUACAUACUAUAGGUUUGAUGAUGCUAUAUGUUACUUGAAAUCAGAUCAUACCUACAGAUGGGUUAAAGAAGACAAAUUUGGAGUCAGAUGCUAGAAAUGUCUCUAAGCAUUCCUGAUAAACAUCAUAGCAUUUUUAUUAUUGAAUUUAAUAUGA